AUGACGAAGGGUACCUCCAGCUUCGGUCGUCGCUCUCUUCACAUCCAGAAGAAGGAGUGCGCUGCUUGCGGCUACCCUUCUGCUAAGACCCGGAAGUACAACUGGUCCGAGAAGGCGAAGCGAAGAAAGACCGUCGGCACCGGCCGAACCCGCUACCUCAAGGAUGUGUCCCGACGAUUCAAGAACGGCUUCCAGACUGGCCAGCCCAAGGGCGCCCGGGGCAUCAACAAGGAGGCUUAA